CUAAGGGGCUGACAGGAAGCUAGUGGUCGCGGGGAUUCAAGCUGCAGGAGCCGGCUCUACUUUCUUUACUGUUACCUCCUUCAUAAAUACCGGAAUCCAUGGCUAAAAAAGGGAUGAAUCUGUGUAACGUGUGCUGCCUGCUGCUGUACGCCGUGACGGCGGUCCUGGCGGGUCGGGAUUUCUACAGUAUCUUGGGGGUGACCAAGGCAGCAUCGAUAAGGGACAUCAAAAAGGCUUACAGGAAGUUGGCUCUACAGUUACAUCCCGACAGAAAUCAAGACGACCCCAAAGCACAAGACAAAUUUGCAGACUUAGGGGCAGCUUAUGAGGUCCUCUCAGACGAGGAGAAAAGGAAACAGUAUGACAUGUAUGGAGAAGAUGGACUCAAAGAGGGUCACCACAGUUCUCACAACGACAUCUUCUCCAGCUUCUUUGGUGACUUUGGAUUUAUGUUUGGAGGCAACCGCCAGCAGCAGGACAGGAACAUCCCCAGAGGAAAUGACAUCAUACUCGACCUGGAGGUCACACUUGAAGAGGUGUAUUCUGGGAACUUUGUAGAGGUUGUGCGUAACAAACCUGUAGCCAAAGAAGCUUCUGGUAAAAGGAAGUGCAACUGCAGGCAGGAGAUGAGGACGACGCAGCUCGGACCGGGUCGCUUCCAGAUGACCCAGGAGACGGUGUGCGAUGAGUGUCCCAACGUCAAGCUGGUGAACGAGGAGAAGACCUUGGAAGUGGAGAUUGAGCAGGGAGUGAGGGAUGAGAUGGAGUACCCCUUCAUUGGAGAAGGUGAACCUCACAUCGACGGUGAACCUGGAGAUCUGCGAUUCCGCAUCAAAGUGUUAAAGCAUCCUAUGUUUGAACGCAGAGGAGACGACCUGUACACCAACGUCACCAUCUCUCUGGUGGAGGCGCUCGUCGGCUUUGAGAUGGACAUCGUUCAUUUGGAUGGACACAAGGUCCACAUAGUGAGAGACAAAAUCACAAAGCCCGGUGCUCGAAUGUGGAAGAAAGGAGAGGGUCUACCAAACUUUGACAACAUCAACAUCAGAGGAUCACUCAUCAUCAGCUUCGAUGUGGAGUUUCCUCAGACGCAGCUUGAUGACCAGCAGAAAGACGGUAUUCGGAGUCUCCUGAAGCAAAGUUCUGUACAGAAGGUUUACAACGGACUACAAGGAUACUAACGCACCACACUGCCGUCUGGACUGAUUCCCGCGCCGCACAACAACAAACACAUGUUCAGAUCUCUAUGUUUCUGGCCAGGGUGUAUUUAUUAUUUCCAGAUUGUUCUCAGGACAUCUUGAAUCCACUUAGUUUUGUCUUUUUAAAUGUUCUACUUGUCAGGAGCAGCUGCAGAUCUUUCAUGUCUGGGGUGUGAACAGGAAGGAUGUGCUGAACAGUUUUCAUUCCUUUCCACUUUUGAAAAUCAAGUUCGCUGGUUUGUAUUUGAGCGGUGAGCUAAAUUCGCUUGACAUUUUCUGCCGAUGUGUCAAUUCCCCAAGUCAUUCUGGAGACAACAACUUUGUUGGAGUGAUACCUGGUCACCUGAAGGGGGCGCUACUGGCAAAAAGACAUGAACCCCUCUAUUUUCUGAUGAACAAUGUCAGAGUCCUCACGUGGCUCUCUUUGACCCUAGUUUUCUCUUCAUUUUAUCAGGUGUCUGUUCCAUGACAGUAUCCGUGCAACCUGUUAGAAUACCUUGCUCCGAUCUGGUCCCUGUUCAGUAACAGUUUGUAAAUAAUGACGAACAAAGUUCAUGUGUUUGUAUUUUAUUAAUCCAUGCUGACCGACAAAUUUAAUCUUAAAUUAAACAGCAAGAACGGGUUUUCAUCCGUAAUUUUCACUCAGUGGCGGUUUGCUCAUCCUCCAACACCAUCCUGGAUAAUAAUUUGUCAAUGACUCGGCAUCCCUGUUGGGUGUCACUGGCCGGGAUUAAUAUGGUUUUCUGGGUGCCCUUUAACUGUAGCGCGGCCUUCCAGUUUCAUGAUUGUCGUGGCCUCAAAUGUGAAUUAUUCAGCCGUUUCUAGUGUUCUAGGGACUCGUGUUUUUAUGAUGGACAAAUAAAGAUUUAUACCAA